UUCUCUCGCACAUUUUGCUAUAUGGGGCAGGGACGCCAGCUCCACCGGAAUAUCCCGGAAGCCAUCCCCGUGAUGGAAGAGGACCAAGAGUUGGAAAAAAUGUCUGGAUUGAAGACCUCAAUGGCUGAAGGCGAGAGGAAGACAGCUCUGGAAAUGGUUCAGGCAGCUGGAACAGAUAGACACUGUGUGACAUUUGUUUUGCAUGAGGAGGACCAUACCCUAGUAAAUUCUCUUCAUUACAUGAUCAUGAAGAACCCGGAAGUGGAAUUUUGUGGUUACACUACAACCCAUCCUUCAGAGAGUAAAAUUAAUUUACGAAUUCAGACUCGAGGUGCUCUUCCAGCUGUUGAGCCAUUUCAGAGAGGCCUGAAUGAGCUCCUGAAUGUCUGCCAACAUGUGCUUGACAAGUUUGAGGCCAGCAUAAAGGAAUAUAAGGACCAAAAAGCAAGCAGAAAUGAAUCCACAUUCUAG